AUGAAGGUCCUAUUCUUCACUAUUGCCUUAAGCCUAUUCUCCAUCCUCCAUGCUGAUGAAUUUACAUUUUCUGAACUUAAACCCCGGAAGGGCACAUACUAUGUAAAAGUCAUUUCAGUAGACAAUAAAUUUCCUGAGGAGGAGAUUCCUAAGGACAUGUCACCUUUGACUAUCACCUACAUUAAAGACAGAAUGAUGGCCAGAUUUACCAUGAUGAAGAUGGAUGACAAGUGUGAAGAGGUUAUUAUGAUGUUGGAAAACAGUGAUGAACCCAGGAGAGUUGACAUGAACAGAUACCUACACUAUACCUGUGCCGUAGUAAAAACAUCUGAGGAGAAUUACUGGAUUCUAUCCUGUCAAAACAAGUUUCAUCAAAGGAGAAUGAUUGAACUUAUGGGUCCAGAUACAAAUGAGAACCCAAAAGCCAUGCAGGAAUUUUACAAUUUUAUCCACAGAGAAAGAUUUGAUGAAAACAGAAUCAUUAUCCCCAGACAAAUUGAGGCCUGUACCCCAGAACGUGUUUAAGGAGAAGAUGAUUCCUUUCAAGUCAAAAUUAACAUUGUUUAAGAAAUUUGAGCCAUCUCUUCAGAUGACAAGUAAUUACCUGCACCUGGAUCCAGUGUAACCUCCUCCCUCAUCACCUUCACACCACCCUCCAAUUUCUAACAUUUU